AGAGUGGUCUCCAGAGUCCAGCGAGAUUGGGACCGCUGCCAGGUUGAACGAGUCUUCCAGUUUCACAGUAUCCUCAGCACCGAGUAUGGCAUCAUAUACAGCAGAAUCCUCACUCGAUAGCAGGUGGUGUAGUGAUGACGAUGACGAGACAGAUACUGAGGCAGACAUGUGGGCCAAGACGCGGCUCAUUAGAGAUGCAGAUGCAGUGCUCGACAUCGCAAAACCGCAGAGUGCUGCCGGGAGAGUGCUUGCCAGCAACAUUUCCAAGCACAUCUCAGCUGAGCUGGAGCAUCGGCUCAACACAGCUAGCACAUACGCAAUAGCUGACACUAGCAAAACCCAGUCGGCUUUGGAAGCGCCCAUGCAAAACAACAACUAUCGACAGCUGCUGCUCUCCGGCACAACAUCUGCUAUGAGCAAGGAUGAGCGCAGUGCAGCCACGACCAAUGCAUUUGCAGGGUUUCAGGAGUGGAUUACACCCGAGUCGAUACAGCAUCAGCCUAUUGGAGCACCAUCUACACCACCAGACAGUACCUGUGGUGACGAUACGGACGAUGCUAAACAGAUACAUACAUCAGUGCAGUCAUUCAUUUAUUUCGUCGCACAGGAGAUCGACAGUUUCAUUAGCGCACUAGAUGCAGACGCGCUUGGGGAGCAUCCCACAUAUCGCCGUCUUCUACCAUGCAUGAAUCAAGAGUGCCAUCCCAGCAAUACAGGCAGCUCUCCAACCAUCGAAGCAGGCAUCACUACACAACACAGAGGCAGCAGUAUCGAGCCGCUCAACAGCUUCUGCUGUGCUGAUGCAUUUGCUGUCAUCGAGGCACGACCAGGCAAAACUCGGCGCAUCAUCGACAAGGCAUAUGCGCAGCUGAUGCAGAGCACACGCAGCAUCUAUAAGGUUCAGUUUGACCGGCGCUUUGUUUUUGGCUUGACCGUCUGCGACAAUGAGGUGCGGGUGUGUCUAUUUUCCAACGAUGUGGUCUUCUCAUCCAGCGCUCUUGACAUGUCCAUUGCAUUUGGUCGCCAACAAUUCAUCGAGCUGCUAGUUUACUGGUCUCUCUGCGAUGAGGACCAGUUGGGGUUCGACACGACAGUCCACUGGGACAAGGAUAACAACUACGGGACCAUCGAGUGUCCUGACACAGCAGACGAGUCAUCGUGUUCUGCAGCCACAAAAAUGUACUACUUUGACAAGGUGCUACUAGGAGCAGACAGCCUUUUCGGUCGGCACACGAGGUGCUUUUUGGUGACAGACGAGAGGCCUUCUGGCGACGAAAUCAAGCCCAAGUUUGCUUUGAAGGACACAUGGCCGGAGGCCACAGAGGACCCUGCCAGAGAUAGGCGAGACGAGGUGAUGUUUAUGCGCAGAAUCAAGGGGGAGCUUGCGAACUCAGAUGUCGAGGACCUGGUCUACCCAAAGCUCGAAGCCGGUGGUCGUGUCUCGAUAGAUACUGACGGGGGCCGAUUUGAGGACAACACGAGAAAUGCACUGGGCCCGCUUUACUCGCUGCGCAAGCCAGACAACACAGCAAUACCGUUCCGCGUCCACAAGCGUCUGGUUAUGUCACCGAUCGGCGAACCGCUGGAAACCGUCGAUUCUGUCCACGAGCUUAUUGUUGUGCUAGGCGAUGCGAUGCGCUGCCACACCGAGGUUCUGCGGCGGUGCAACAUCCUCCACCGUGACAUCUCAAACAACAACAUCCUUGUUGUGCGUGAGGAAGGCAAACCACCCCGUGGACUGCUGAUAGAUUUUGACUGCGCAGUGGAUGUAGGCGAGCGUCAAAGGCCGAAUCCAGAGACUGUUGGAGUGCUCCCCUAUAGGAGCAUCAGCAACCUAUUGGGAACGGAUGUGGAACAGACAGAGCUGGAUGAUUGGGAGUCGCUACUCUACCUACUGUGUCUCUGCGCAACAGUCGGUAUUGGAGAAAAUUGUGAACGAUCUCCUGAGGAUAUAGAGAUGCUGGUAACUAAAAAUUGGUGCACUGGAAGGGCUCAGUCUAUUGGGUUAUUAAAGACAGGAAUUUUGGCAUCCCUUCCUGGCUUUGAGCGGCACGUAGUCUGUAAUUUCAACAGUAAUCAACCCAACGUCGAGGAUAUUCGAACAUUAGCAAGAGGCAUCUACACCAACCUGUUUUGGAACCCGACUCUCAGCGAUAUUCGUUUCAAAGGUACUGCUGACAUAUCUGCUGGUGGGAUGUGGUUUGACCCAUUCCAGGAACGAGCAAGAGAAAAAGACGCUAUUGUGCAUACUCUUCUUAGUACUAUAAAUAAAUGCUAGUAUCCAAGUGUAGUGUGAAAUUGGAUUUUUGUACAUCUCAUAGAUAUGGAAAGUAAUUGCAUAUCUAGCACAUAAUUCAUCUCGCUACAUUUAUAGUUAUACAUCAAGAAGUCAC